AUGCUUGGUUGCAAACCUUAUGCUACACAAAUUGCUUCCGGUUCUAAACUUUCAGCUUUGGAUGGUACACCUCCCUCUGAUACUCAGGCCUAUCAAAGUAUUGUUGGUGCUCUCCAAUAUAUCACUCUCACUCGACCGGACCUCCGCUAUGCUGUUAUGCAUCUCUGUCAGUUUAUGACCAAUCCCAUCAUUGUUCAUGAUCAGUGUCUUAAACGCAUUUUAAGGUAUUUGAAAGGCACUCUCCAUUAUAUUAUGGUCUUAGAUUUCCUCAUCGCCCUAUCUCAACACAUUUUUUUGUUACUCUUAUGCGGGGCUGGUUGUCCAAUAAUUCGUCGCUCAACCACUGGAUUCUGCAUUUACUUUGGUGACAAUCUAAUUUCUUGGGGCUCUAAAAAGAAACCAACAGUUGUCCGCGCUAGUGCAGAAGCUGAAUACAAAGCGUUAGCUAUCACUGCUUCUGAAAUUUGA